CGCAAAACGCGCUACAGUACAUGUAGUUACAUGUCACCCAACGCGUGAUCGCGCACUCUUUGUUUGACCAGUCAAUGCCCAUUCAAUCCACACCAAGGCACUUUCUCCUACUCUCUCACAAUUUUCUGUGCCUGUGAAAAUAAGAAAAUCAAUCCCACCCACCGAGGCAUCGAAGCCAGCCAGCUUUGUGAUUCGAUUCCUGUUACGCGAGUACUCUAACUAUCAGCGGUGAACAAACAAAUAUGUCGAACUCCCAGUGGUCAGCGGCAGUUCCACCUCAUUUUUCGAUUGCAUUCUCCUUUUUAUGAGGAGGUUACUUUUCUUUUUUGGAGCUUUGGAAAGGGAAAUCAACGUCGAGCUAACCGAGUUUCAUGUGCUCCCCAAUCUCCAGGAGGUCGACCGUUCUCUACCCCAACAUCCUCAACUCCCGAUCCAACUCCUACGAGGUCGAGGAGUCCGAUGCGAAAGGACCGGCUACCCUCAACGAGCAGCACAGCCGCCGGUCCGCCUCGUCCACGCCGCCGUCAUCCUACGACUCCGGGCCCGACAUCCCGUUCCACGCUGCUACUACAUCUACUCCCACUGUCACCGUCACUCGUCAUAGCCAUAGCCCCGUGACGGCAGCGGCUUACAACAACAACAACAACAACAACAACAACAACAACAACAACACCGACACCGACACCGACACCGACACCGACAUCCCCAACCCAUUCUCCAUCAGCUCCCAGCCCAUCAAGGGCCCCCCGAUCCCGUUCCCCCGGUACCUGCAAGCGGAGAUCGCCAAAUGGCACGAAGCCAUCCGGGGCCAGCGGCGGAAGAAGCGCCCGCCGUUCUCCUACCGGGGCGAAGGGGUGAUCCGGGAGUACAAGGUCUUCGACCGCACCGGCCAAGAGCUGCGGCUCUGCCAGUAUCCCCUGAAGAGUCCGCGGACCAACGUGCUGGUGGCGUAUGAGGCGACGGCGGCGGCGGCGGCGGCGGGGGCAGGCCCCCCGCGGACGGGUUCAGGUUCCGAGGCAUCUUCCGCGUCCGCAUCCGCAUCCGCACCACCAGGAGGGAAGAUCGUGGUCUGCAGCCUGCCCCACUCGAGCCCAUUCGGUACGUUUCUGAGACAAUGGACGCCCGCCGAGCAAGAUCCCCCGCCGCCGUCGUGCGCGGUGCGCGUCUGGCGGAUGAAGCCUGGGCAGGAGAUCGUCUAUGACCCGGCCGCGUGGGAGUUCAUCGACGGCCGGAGGGAGAGGGAGCAGCAGCAGCAGGGGGGAGGAGGAGGAGGAGGAGGAGGAAUGGCCACAGCUGAUGUUCGCCCACGGCCGCAAGAGAGGAGAGCUAGUGAAAGGGGCGUGCCUGCCAGGUCGGCGAGAUCGAAGUCUGCGCAGCAGCAGCAACAGCAGCAGAAAGUGGUCGCGAGCACAACUCGUAUGGCCAGUAUAUCCUCAGACAGAGAUUCCUCCCCUCUGUCCGAGGUGGUCGACGACACGGACGAGGAGUCAUCCUCAGUGAGUGAGCCUAUCCAGCAGACCAGAAGAAACCCAAAAAGACAGCAACAGCUUGCCCCAACGUCGCCAUCGUCGUCGUCGCCGCCGGUCCCGAAACGGCGCAAGACGAACCAUGCGGACCCGCUGUCCUUGCGCAAGGUGACCGGCGGCCUGGUGUUUGUGCUGUGCUCGGAGGACAAGCCCAAACGGUUCGUCUUUGUGGCCACAUGCAACACGGUGGAUGAUCUCUUCGCGCAGGCCCUCGACUUCUUUCGCCUACACUACAAGCUCACGGAGCUCAAAUAUCUGUGUUGCGAGACGGAGGCGCACGGCGAGGUGUGGCUUCCGCGGGGUGGUCAUGAUGAGUUUGAUUAUAUGAUCUGGGUGGCCUUGGAUAGCUUGAAAGGGAAGGAAAAUGUUCCAGCUGUGGAGAUCAAAGUCAGACCGGUCAUUGUACCUUGAUGCCGCGGUUGGGGGGCAGAAAUAGCGCGGCUCUUGCUGGGUGCUCAUUGCCGGCGCUUUCUUGAAUAUAUCUUAGUAUCACCGGUACGGACGCUUGAAAAGUAGACGGGUCAAUCCGGGAUCUACCCGGUUUCCAAUGUACGCUUGUAUCUAUGUAGUGGUACAGGACAACUGGCCGACUCCGAGAGACAUG